GCAAACUACCAUUUCGUUUUUGCGCAUUACCAUGAUGGCAGAAGCCACUCCAGCCAUUCCAGCCGUUGAUGCAGAGACAAGAGCCGCUAAUCGUGCAAGGUUCGAACUAGAGCUUGAAUUUGUACAGUCCCUUGCCAACCCGUACUAUCUCCACUCGCUUGCACAACAAAAUAUUCUCGACCAACCCGCCUUUAUCAACUACUUGAAUUAUCUGCAGUACUGGAAGGAGAAAGACUACGCUCGCUUUAUUCAUUAUCCCCAUGCCUUGCAUCACCUGGAGCUGCUACAACAUGCCCGGUUCAGGUCAGAGAUGAAGAAGGACGAGUGGCGGGAGUACUUGAAUCAAAAGCAAUUUGAUCACUGGCGGACAUGGCGAAAUCCACCGCCGGCCACAUCGUCUGAUACAGUUGCAGAGGACAGGCGCCAAGAACAGGAAACGAAAGGAUCUUGACUU